UUUGUGAAUGACGUAAUGAGCGUAAAACAAGAUGGCGCCGUCUUAAGCAUAAAUCGGUGUGAAUGAGUUUAUCGACGGAAAAGUCUGCCUCACUUGAGGCUUUAGUGUUGUUACACGGUUGUUCUGGAAAAGAAUAAUCUUCACGACCAGAUAAGUGUGUGGUAGGCGUUGCUGAACGCCAAAGAAUAGCCUGCGGACGUUGUUUCUUUUCCCCUGCGACCCUCCGGUGACAGCCGGAGAGGCGAGCUGCUGACAGACAGGAUGGACGGCGGAGAAUACAUAGAGACCAUGGACUCGACUCUAGCGGAAUUAGGGGACGAAUUCACCCUGGGAGACAUCGACGAGAUGCUGCAGUUUGUCAGCAACCAAGUGGGGGACUUCCCAGACUUGUUUGAGGACCAGAUGACCUCAGCAGGCUCACUACAGAGCGGUGGCGCCAGUGUUACCCCACGUCUUGCCAUUCAAACCCCUCAAAACCCCCAGACUCCCCAGACACCAAUCCCUGUCACCUACCAGAGCUCCAGCGUAAGCCUCACCGCCUCCCAGACACUGUCGCCCCAGUCAGUACCCCUCACCCCUCCCCUCACUCCUGCCCAGACUCCAUCCCCCACCACCACCUCCUCAGGGCAGCAGCAGGUGACCCGCAGCCCUCCGCUCCUUCAGCCACGGCCUCAGGUGGUCCAGCCCAUCCAGCCUCAGCCCCAACAGACAGCCCAGCCUGCCAUCCAGAUGCACACCCAGGGAAUCCCUAUGCAGACCCAGAGCUUUCCGGUCCACACCCUGGUUCAGACCCACUGCCAGACACCCUUGCCCAUCCAGACCCAGGCUCCCCAAACUGUGAUGAUUACCUCCAAUGGUGGGCAGUCACGUUUCAUCCAGAACCCUGUCAUCUGCCACCAGAGCCCUGCUCCUGGUUUCCAAGUCCUCCAGCCACAGGUGCAGAGCAUUGUGACAUCACCACAGCUCCAGCCAGUGACCAUUCAGCAUCAACGCGUUCUGACUCCAACAGGUCAAACCAUACAGACUCUCUCUACAGCGCCGACCACAGUCCACACUGUGCAGCAGCAGGUGCAGCAGGUGCCUGUUCUGGUCCAGCAGCCUCAGAUUCUGAAGACAGAUUCACUGGUUCUCACAACACUCAAACCAGAUGGCACACAGGUGCUGUCUACCAUGCAGAGCCCCACAGGGAUCACCACCUUGACCACGCCCAUCCAAAACACAGCUCUGCAAGUCCCGACGCUGAUGAGCAGUAACAUCCUGACCACCGUCCCCGUCAUGAUGGGAGGAGGAGACAAGCUGCCGAUCAAGCAGCUACAGCCAGGCUCCACCCACUCUACAAAUGGAGCCAGGUCAAAUGUAGAGCAGGGCCAGGUGAUGACAGGAGGAGUAGGCCCAGGAGGAGUGGUGAAAGAGGGAGAGAGGAGGACAACCCACAACAUCAUCGAGAAGAGAUAUCGGUCCUCCAUCAACGACAAAAUCAUCGAGCUUAGAGACCUGGUCAUGGGCAAUGACGCAAAGAUGCAUAAAUCUGGGGUGCUGAGGAAGGCCAUUGACUACAUCAAAUACCUGCAACAGGUCAACCACAAACUACGACAGGAGAACCUGGCCCUUAAAAUGGCAAACCAGAAGAACAAGCCGGUGACACUAUCUGAAGAUGUGGAGCUCAAACAGGAAAUAGUGAUGAUGUCACCCCCAGCCUCGGACUCUGGUUCAGGUUCCCCCCACCAGUUCUCUCCUUACUGUGUUGACUCAGAGCCAGGCAGCCCCUUACUGGAUCACGAUCAGGUGAAGAGUGAGCCAGAUUCUCCCUCCUCUGUUGGAGUGAUGGAUCGUUCUCGACUGCUUCUCUGCGCCCUGACCUUUUUCUGCCUGUCCUUAAACCCACUGCCCUCUCUUCUGGGCUCUGAAGACUCAGGAAGCCACACCCUAUCCACGGGCCAUGGGCCAUCUAGGACGCUUGUCUGGUUCCCAAGCCACACGCAGGACUUUGCAUCCUGGCUGCGGUGUCUGUUGCCAUGGGUGAUGGUGUGGGUGCUGAGCGGGGUGGGUGCAGUGUGGGGUUGUGUUAGGGUGCUCUACCUGUGGGAGCCUGUCACGCCCCUUCACUCCCCAAAAUCUGUGUCUUUCUGGAGGCAUCGCAAACAAGCUGACCUGCAUCUCAACAGGGGAGAUUACACAGCAGCAAUGGCUAGUUUAGAGACCUGCUUGUCCGUCUUGACUAGAGCUCUCCCCUCAACCAAUCUGGACCUGGUUUGCUCACUGUCCUGGAACGUGAUUCGCUACUGCUUGCAUCGUCCAACUCCUCUGGGUUGGCUGGUUCACCAGGUCAGAGGAAAGCACGAGGGAGAGGAGGCGAGGACUAGCGCAAGAGACGCAGCUCUGGUUUACCACCGGCUGAGCCAGCUGCAGCUCACAGGAAAGCUGCCUCAGCGUAGCAGCCUGUGGGCUUUGUCUCUCUCUCUCAGCGCUGUCAACCUCAGCGAGAGCGCCCAAGGCAAGAUGGCCCCUGCCCAGCACAGCCAGAUCUAUGUCACUGCAGCAACAGCCCUGCGCACCGUGCUGGGCCACCACCUCUCCUGUUUGCCUGGUUACUUGUUGAGCUGUGCAGAGUCUGUAGCCAGCCAAUCAGAGACUAAGCCCAUCCCUGACUGCCUGCGCUGGCUCUUCACCCCAUUGGGCAGACAGUUCUUCCUGAGUUGUGAUUGGUCAGUGAAGUCAGAGAGCAGCGAUGGUGUGUACACUUCUCAGAGAGACCCAGCUGAUCCCAUUGCCCAGCUGCACCGCUGUUUCUGCAGGAAGCUUUUGGAGAGAGCUGUUCACACCCUCAUCCAGCCACAGAGCGACUCUGAAGCAGGCAAACGCAACGACAACACUGGGGAGUUUUCCAGUGCCCUGGAGUUCCUCCAGUUACUGAACAGCUGUACAGAGGACUCUCCCUCCUCUCCUCCUCUCUUCUCAACUCCUCCCAAUCACACCACCACUCCAGUGGGAGACCCAGUGAGUCGUUGGUGGGCUGUGGUCCUGAAGGCUGCCGUGCACUGGCUGCAGGGUGAUGAUGCCGCAGUGAGGUCACUGUUGGCAGAGGCAGAGCGAAUGCCGAGGGCUCUACACACUCUUGACCACCCUCUUCCCAAGGCUGUGCUGCUGCUUUGUAAAGCGGUUCAGAUGAGUCUGUCGCCUCUGAAGGGGGAAGGAGCAGUAGCCUGCCUGUCCCACUGUGACAGAGCCAGCAGCUACCUGCGCCCCAGCAUCUCAGUACCGCUCACCCAGUCUGGGAACUGGCUGAACAAGGGGGUGGAGCUCCUGGUGUGUGACCUUCUGCUGACUUUGAGGACCAGUUUGUGGCAGCGGGGAGGCAGCAGUAACGGAGAGCCUGGCCCGGCCCCUGGAUCACAGUUGGCUGGUUUCCAGAGGGACCUCAGCGCGCUCAGAAAGCUCACACAGUGCUACAGACAGGCUCAACACAAGGUGUUUCUUCAUGAGACCACAGUGAGGCUGAUGGCUGGAGCCAGUCCCACGAGGACUCACCAGCUGCUGGAGCACAACCUCCGACGCAGGACACACAGCUCUUACACAGCCGAAGGUGAGUGUGUCCUGGGCGAGAGAGAGAGGGCUCAUGCCAUCCUGCUGGCCUGCCGCCACCUGCCCAUGCCCCUUCUUACCCCACCUGGGCACCGUGCCCGCCUGCUAGCUGAGGCCAAGCGCACCCUGGAGCGGGUGGGAGACCGCCGGUCCCUGCAGGACUGUCAGCAGAUCUUGCUGCGCCUCAGUGGGGGCACGACCAUCGCAGCCUCCUGAACACACACACACACAGUGCGAGGACAAACACACAGAGAUUAGGGCUACUCACAAUACACUGAAAAAACAUGAUUUCUAAUAUACAUAUAUAAGGAUGUUAACCAGACUCAACUCAUUGACCAAAAACAUAAUUCUAUAGUUGUCACUUAUUCACACCCUCAUUCUGAUCAGGGGCCAUGAAUAACUAUGAAUGGAUUUUUCUUCAAACUGACACACUUUUCAACUGAUCCUUACUGUCACAGCCACAUUUAACUCUCAGCCAUGUAUCCACACCGCAGCUAAACACUUAAACGCUACACACUUGCUCCUUUGAUGCUUAGUUGCACUGUUGCAGUACAAUCACACCACCUUCUGGUCAUUAAUGGUACCAUGCUGGCUAACUGCCUCAUUUUAAACAACAUGCUAAACAACGAGGAAAAUCAGGUUAAAUAGGCCCCAAAGGGAACAGGGACCAUUAUUUCAUAGCUGUUUAAAUUAAUACAAUGCAGCAGUGCAUUGAUUAGCUGUAGGUUACCAAACUGUACAAUCAUUAUUGGCGCAAUACAAAAGCUACAAUAACAGUGUAGUGUCUAACAAACUUUCAAGCUUCAAUUAAGGGCUUCAGAGUAUUCAAGAGUAGACAGCCGAGAUCUGUUAAGCAUGACUGUGCUGUAAGAUGCAGACAGAGAAUAGCUUGCUUUUAACUGUACAGUGCUGAGUAGUGUCUCUUCUUAUCUACCUCAUACAUUGUACAAUGCCAGCAUUGUACUGUGGAGCAAAAUAGGCUACUUAAGCACCAGUCAGUUAUCCUGAAUUUGAAUCAAGUGACCAUUUGAAGUGAUGCUUCAAUCGAGUGCAUCGUCAUUCUAAUAAAACCUUGCUGAGCUGCUUUAUUUAGACUUUAGGUUGCAGCAGUACUAUAGAAAAUUUACUUGCUGUUGCAAGAAUGACAGACAGCUACUGCUGACAUGUUCCUUACUGUCAAACAAGACACGCUGGGAAAUGAUUGGAUUUGCUGAACAUCUAAAUAACAGAGGGAAGCAGUCAAUCAUGGCCCAUAAGAAAACGCCUACCGGCACACACAUUCACAGAAAUUCAUAUACAUAUUAAAUUAAUUGCAUACAAACUCACAAUGUGAUUGUAUAUAGGAUGUACAUAGGCAGAUAAACAAAAGUAGAAUGAACAGGAAGUUCUUACUUACUGCUUGAGAGAAGACGCUAUCACUGUCUGACCAGGAGGGCAAAGUCAGCUGACUUGCCUUUAAAAGUGAUCCACCAAAAAUCAUUUUAUUAUCAAACACUCACCUGCUGUAGCCUUGCAAGGUGGCUUUAAAUCAAUAUCCACUUGCCAGUAAAAGUUCGGGCAAAAUAAUCCACCUCUGCUGUCUAUCUCUGAAAGCCGUCUUUCGAUUCUAUCGGCAGUGAGUGUCUGAUACGCAGAAGAUUUUGUGUGAUGUGUCACACGAUGGUGUGAAAAUUAAAUGAAGAUGGUCUGAACACAGUGAGAAACGUGAGAAAUGACAAUGUCCACACAUAAUGUAAAGCUCUCAAGCAAAAUGGCCUUGAUGUUAUGUUAAGAAAUAUAUUAUGUUUCAUCAUAUUUAGAUUGAUGGAGGAGUUUUAUCUUUGUGAAUUCUUUGUCAACUUUGCUUUUUAUUUGUAAUUGUUGACUUACAUGACAUAGCGCUUCUGUCAUUCCUGUUUUCUGUGCUCUGAUUAUCUUAUUUAAUGGUUAUGUAAUAUUAAUAUAAAUGCUUUUUUGGGUGGGAAGGGAGCAAUUUUGCAAUUUUAUCAUUGUUAUUGUUUUAUGCUGGUUAAAGCAACUGAGGGUCAGAAACUGUCAGAGGGAGAAUCUCUAAUAGGAAGUUGUUGUGUAUUUUAUUACAGAAGUAAAGCCCACAUUUAAACAGUUAAGAUGAUAUUUUAGGAUCAACCUUUGGAACGCACUGCAAUUUCCUUGUUUGUAAAAUACAGGCAAACACACACUUAUGCUAUUAGAAAUUUCCAGAAAUCUGUCUUCCAGGUCAACUCAAACUGUCAAUAAGUAAUGUAUAGAGUCCUGAAAAUACUUAUAUAAGUUUAGAUUUAGCUUUCCUGACUGGUAAAAGUGUGCAAAGAAGAAAGCAUCGCUCAACCAGCCAUUGGCAGGCUGGAGUUUUUGUCUUUUGUUUAUCAUGAUUAUGGGUUUUUUUGCCUCUACCCCUUGAUGUAUUUUAUUGUCUGAAUUUCUGUGUUCAUUUUGAUGUUUGUUUUAUAAUAAAACAACACAUGAUAGUG